AUGUUGACCGCGGGCCGGUCAUUGACUUCCUGGAUAUACCCCGCCUCGAUCCUUUUGGCUGUUUUCCCCAACGCGCUCUCCAAUGCGACCUCCCAGCCACCCUCGAAUGGGGUACAGGCUGCUAUUCCCACGACACCGGUGACAACAUGCCCAGUGAAGAGUACAUGGCAGACGGAGUCGGAGCUCUUCCACCUGCCACCAUGCCUGGAGACGCGCUGGGGACCGGGUCGCGAUAUGUACCUUGCUUCGAUAUCGCCCGAUCUAAGUGCGGCAACCAACGACCCGGUCGUUAGUCCACCCGUUAUCUCAAGCGGGGUGCCAGAAGAGACAGCGAGAACGACCGCAGAUCAGAACGCAGAGCAGGACCAAGAUACAGACUCGCUAUUAGACGGUGCUAGUUUCCUCUCAUUUGAGGACUGGAAGAAACAGAACCUAGCGAAGGUCGGACAAUCGGCCGAGAAUGUUGGAGGGAGCAGACGUGCCGCGGCAGCUGGAAAGGAAGACCGUCGGCAGCCGGCAGGAAUCAAUAAUGCUUUGGAUUCGCUCGGUGAUGACUCAGAGAUCGAGUUGGACUUUGGUGGAUUCGGCGCUGAGACGCCCGAGGCUAGUCCUACCGCUUGGGGCUCGCAUAUCCCGUCGCGCGACGCCGGGCAGGCGGGGAAUGCGGAUAGAAGAGGCAAUGUGGAUGUACACGCGAACAGUGCGCUCCAGAGAGAUGUGUCGCGCCGUAAGGAUGCUGGCACUACUUGCAAGGAGCGGUUCAACUAUGCUUCCUUUGACUGUGCGGCUACGGUGCUGAAGACGAAUCCUGAGUGUAAGGGUUCCUCUUCUGUGCUUAUUGAGAAUAAGGAUAGCUAUAUGCUCAAUGAGUGUCGCGCUCAGAACAAAUUUCUUAUCCUGGAACUGUGCGAUGAUAUUUUGGUUGAUACGGUUGUCCUUGCCAACUAUGAGUUCUUCAGCUCUAUCUUCCACACAUUCCGGGUUAGUGUCUCAGAUCGGUAUCCCGCGAAACCAGAUCAAUGGAAAGAACUUGGGGUCUACGAGGCACGCAACACUCGUGAGGUGCAAGCUUUCGCAGUAGAGAACUCGCUUAUUUGGGCUCGAUAUCUUCGAGUUGAAUUCCUCACGCAUUAUGGGCAUGAGUUCUUUUGCCCUAUCAGCUUAAUUCGCGUGCAUGGUACCACUAUGAUGGAAGAGUACAAGCAUGGCGAAAGCUCUGACCGCGCCGAGGUCGAGGAAUUGGAGGCCAGUGAAGCUAAUCAGCUCCUCGAAGAACUGGAAAGCAAGCCUGUCGAGGUGCUGGUCGAGAAAUUCAUCCCUGCGGUAGAAUUUAGCGUUACAGUGGAUGAAAUCUGUCCGAACCGUCCAUUUGAGGUUGUAUCGCCUUUUGCGAAAGGCAGUGAUAGUGAUAUAUGCGGCAUUAAUGAUGGGCCGCGUGUUACAACUUCGUCGAUGUCAGCCACAACGGAUCAGACCAAUCCACCACCGAAACCGAACUCUACUGCUGCAGUUGCAGGCAGUCCCUCCGCGACCAAUGCUGGACCACCCACCCCUCCAAAAUCCGAGGAUACCCGGAAGCAAGGUGAGCCUGCCAAAAAUGUCGUGACUGGUCCGGAUGCCUCAAGCGUAUCUUCAGCGACUGCUCAGGAGAUUACCACAUCGGAGACCAUCGGGAAAGCCACUAUCAAUGCCAGAGAGGAGCAGAACAGUCCUCCUCCAGAGUCCACGAGACCUACCAACACUCAACCGCCAUCUGCAAACCCCACAACGCAAGAAUCCUUCUUCAAAUCCGUCCACAAGCGACUCCAGAUGCUUGAGUCGAACUCAACCUUGUCUCUUCUUUACAUCGAGGAACAGUCUCGCAUCUUGCGCGAUGCGUUCAACAAGGUUGAGAAGCGACAGCUAGCAAAGACAUCUACCUUCCUUGAAAACCUCAACGUAACCGUCCUCAAUGAAUUAAGAGAAUUCCGCGAGCAGUACGACCAUGUCUGGAGAUCUGUUGCUCUUGAAUUUGAGCACCAGCGCAUGGAGUACCACCAAGAAGUCCAGUCCAUUAGCGGCCAGCUCGGUGUCCUUGCCGACGAAUUAGUUUUCCAAAAGAGAGUCACCGUGAUCCAGAGCAUCAUGGUCCUCUGCUGCUUUGCCCUGGCUCUGUUCUCACGGGGGUCGGGAGGCAACUAUAUGGAAUUCCCUGCCGUUCAAAGAAUGGUUGCUCGGUCUUACAGUCUGCGGUCUUCAUCUCCAAUUUUUGCCUCUCCAUCGGCUAGCCCGGGGUCGACACGCCCAACUUCGUCCUCAUACCGUGAGAACAGGGGCCAUCGCAGAAACCUGUCUGACUCGUCUGAUCAAGAUAGCGCUGCUAGUCCGACCGCGGCCUAUUCCCCUCCGACUCCUACCUCCUCCUCUUCUACAGACAGAGAUGUUGAGGAGACGGACAAGGUGGAAGAACCUGCCUCCCCGGAGUCUAUGUCUGUGCCUACUCUGGCGACACCACAACCCCGCUCUCAGAGUACGCCGCCUGUCCUGAAUGGACGCCCUGUUGACCUGGAUAUGACUACACCGGCUGAUGUUGACCUGGUUACCGACCUCGAUAAUUCAAGGCCACCCGACCUGUGA